AUGGACGGGGAGGACAUCAACGCACGAGGGUUCCAUGCGACCGCAUUGGCUGCAGCAUCAAAUCAAGGCCACGAGAGGAUCGUCCGGCUGCUCCUCAAGAAGGGCGCAGAUGUCAACGCACAUGAAGGAUUCCACGGAAAUGCGCUACGGGCGGCUUCAUCUAAGGGACACGAGAGAAUCGUUGGGCCGCUCCUCGAGAAGGGCGCAGAUAUCAAUGCACAAUACGGAACUUCUGAAACUGCACUGCACGUCGCGUCAUCCAAGGGCUACGAGGAUAUCGUCCGGCUGCUCCUCGAGAAUGGCGCAGAUGGCGCAUAUGUCAACGCACAAAACGGAGCUGCACUGCAGGCGGCGGCAAGAAAAGGCCACAAGAGAAUUGUCCGGCUGCUCAUCGAGAAGGGUGCAGAUGUCAACGACCAAUACGAAGAUCUUAAAAUAGCACUGCAGGCAGCGUCAACCAACGGCCACGAGGAGAUCGUUCGGCUGCUCCUCGAAAAGGGCGCAGAUGUCUCCCAAGGAGGACAUUGUGGAACUGCAUUGCAGGCGGCAUCAUCCCAUGGCCACGAGCAGACUGUCAGGCGGCUCCUCCAGACAGGUACGGAUGUAAACCAGGAAGGCCUAUACAGCACUGCACUUGAUGCAGCAUCGGCCGGGGCCCACGAUAGCAUUGUCUGGCUUCUUUUGGAACAUGACGCCAUCAGAGUGAAACGCCGACGACUGUGA